AUGAUCUCCUUCACUCAAUGGUCAGCAAACCGCAGCGAAUGUGAGAUUGAUUGUCUUGUGGAUGAAAUUUUAAUGUCGAUGUCCAAAGAACUCUGUUUGGAAAUGGAAGAAAAGCAACGUGAAAAACAGAUAAAAAGAGAACGACUCAAUAGAAUCACCGGAUUCCUGCUCUUCUCCUCAACAGUCGCAAUUCUCAACAACUUUUACCAGUCGCAGUGA